AUGACGACCAACUUUACCGAGGUUAUCGACUUCUUUGGCCUCAACUGCCCCAAUGGCGGUAAAUACUACAUCUGCGCCGGCAGCUGGGUCGAGUUCAUGGGUUGCUGCACCAGCGAUCCGUGUGCGGACGGCUCAGGCAUGUGCCCGACCAAGGACCACCGACCGGCAGGCUAUGACGCAGCCCGUCUGGCCGCGGCCACGGCCAACAUCUCGGGCGAGUCGGUGACCGAAAAGCUGUACAAGUUCCCCGUGACGUGCUACGGCGAGCAGGGUUGGUUGAACAGGUACGCGUGCUCGAACAAGGGCGUGUCCUUCUUUGGCUGCUGCAAGACGGAUCCCUGCUUCACCAAGUUCGAGAAGCCGCCCCAGUGUGCAAACAAGGAUCUGCAGAUAGCUGUGCUGCGGGACAACGAGUACCGGUAUCUCGUCAACGCGUACGACAAGACGUACAAUGUUUCUCUCACGGAUCCGAACAAUCUGCCCACCGAGAACGGCAACAUCAGGGUCGAGGAGACACAGGAUGGUCUUAUUGGGUACGCGGCUGUAGCUGGAGCCUCGUUCGGUGCCCUGGCCGCCGUUGUUCUCCUCCUGGGUGUGGCCUGGAAGUACUGGCUGUCAAAGCCAGAGGCCAAGAGGAGCCAGUCCUUUUCUAUGAGCCCCAUUAGCCAGGCGCAGAGAACCGACAAGCCGUAUAUACCUGCCGUGUCUGAAGUGUCUCUACAGGAUGGUCCUGCACCCCAGCAUGGUUCUGCAGUGGCUCUCACAGCCUCUGGGAGCUGGGGCGAUGGUCCAAAGCAGCUGCAUUCGUGGAGCGCUAACAAGGUUUCGGGUUGGUUAGGAGAUACCUUCCUCACUCUCAUUCCAAUUAUUUUCAUAGUCCUCGCCAUCAUUGCCAUGAGUCUCGACCGCCAACCCAAGUCGGCCUUUGGCCAAAGAGCUAUGGAAUGGACGCGUCUUAGCCCGACCGUGUAUCCCAUCAUCUUUGCCGCCGUCGCUAGCAGAUUCUAUAAGAAUCUCGCCCGUUGGUGCCUGGAAAGACCAAACGGCGUCGGCCUCGCAGUCCUCGAGCAGAUCUUCGGCAGCCAGAGCUUUGCCGCAGCCUUUGAGCGGCUCUGCUUCGUCCGGACCAAGGUCCUCAUCGGCAUGGCCAUCAUACUCACAUGGGCAAUGUCUCCCCUUGGCGGCCAGAGCGCCUCGAGACUCCUGUCCUUCGGAAACAGCAGCGUCUCUGCGGAUGCCGUCAUCUACUACGCCGACCCUGCCUAUCAGAAGUCCAACUUUCUUCUCUGGGACUCGGCCGUAGCCAGCAUGUCAAGCGUGGAGGCGCUGUACUCGUCGAGCCUCAUGUCGUCUCUCGAGCAGAAGCGCUCGCCGAGAGACCUCUGGGGCCUGCCCAAGAUUCCCCAGUGGCCACAAGGCCUCGACGCCCAGACGCACAACGUCGACAGCGAUGCCCUCCUCAAGGGUGGCAGCUACUACGCAUCCCUCCUGGGUAUCAAGAUGCACGGGCUGGACCUCCCGAGCGGCCACGCCGAGUACGCCUUCACCGUCGAGACGUCAUACCUCGACUUUGACUGCAAACACACGCACUCGAUCGACCUACGGUUGAAGCCGAGGGAUAACGAGACUGCUGUCCUCAACAUGUGGCAUGCCGAUGUAAACUCAACUAGAUAUCCCCUGGCGGUCGACGACGCGCCGUUUGUCGUCAACGUUUCACUUCCGGCCAAGUGGGAUGACUGGAUGAGCCUCGAGGACCCGCCACCACUGUCCAUGCGGUACAUGUCCCGCUGGGCGGACUUCAUGCCGUGGAUGACAACGCAGCUGAUCGUGGUGGACUGUAGUAUGGAGAGCGUCACGCUCGAGACGGACAUGCAGUGCAGCGGGACGAGCUGCGCGGCACACCGGCAGCGGCGGCUCAAGAACAAACAGAGGCCGGGCAACCGGUUUCCCGACCUCAUGCUCCAGAAGGCGAUGAAGCUGUCCAACGCCUUCUCGCUCUGGGCCAACUCGACUGGUAGCCUGGCCCUCGGCCUCGCUUCGCCAAUUGAGAACUACUUCAUCGACGAGACGUUCCCGUACUCAGGACAGCCGGCGAGAAACUGGACCAAGGUCGACACGUCCAAGUUCGAGAAUGUCUUCUCGAGGCGGUUCACGACGGCCUUCAACACGUAUUGGGAUUCAACCUUGAACCCCAAUGGCCACACCAACGUCUCGUUCCAGACCGACCCCAGCAUCAACACCGUCUCGGUUGAGCACUCUAAUCUAUCUCCAUUUAUGAAUUCGACAACAGGCACAGUCAAGGUGACCAAGGACUUGUAUAUCGCGAACCGCCUCUGGAUUGGUCUGUUGCUGCUCACAACCAUGAUCCUCAUGGUCCUCGCCAUCUGCGGUCUUGCGCUGCAGGCCUUCAUCCGGGGUCCAGACGUGCUGGGAUACGCGAGUACACUGACACGGGACAAUCCCAACGUGCCUGUGCCGCCAGGUGGAUCCUACCUCGACGGUCCCGAUAGGGCGAGGCAGCUCAAGCACCUACGACUGCAGCUCGCUGAUGUGCGUCCUCAGGGCGCCACGGGCUAUGUUGCGGUGAGGUCUAUUCCGACAAUGGAGGAUGAUGAAAAGUUUGCUGCUCCGCUGGAUCGGAAGAGAUUGUAUGAAUAG